UUUACAACAACCUUGAGUGCAAUCGGUAGGCCAAGGACGAAGGGACGAGAAGGAAGCAGACAGCCAAAGAAGUAGAUUUCGUGCAUCGGACCAUGGCCACUUAUAAACCACAAACUGACCACGAGAAGCGAAAGCAAAUCAGUAUUCGUGGUAUUGCUCCCGUGGAAAAUGUUGUCGAAUUCAAAAAGGCUUUUAAUCGCCAUUUGCAUUACACGAUUGUGAAAGAUAGAAAUGUGGCGACACCGCGAGACUACUACCUCUCUCUUGCCCACACCGUGCGAGAUUAUUUGGUGGGGCGUUGGAUCCGUACCCAGCAGCAUUACUAUGAGAAGGACCCAAAGAGAGUGUACUAUCUGUCCCUGGAGUUUUACAUGGGCAGGACCCUGUCCAACACCAUGGUGAACCUGGGCAUUCAGAGCGCCUGCGAUGAGGCCCUCUAUCAGAUUGGCCUUGACAUUGAGGAGUUGGAGGAGAUCGAGGAGGAUGCUGGUCUGGGUAAUGGAGGACUGGGUCGGCUGGCAGCCUGCUUCCUGGACUCCAUGGCAACGCUCGGACUAGCGGCAUAUGGAUAUGGUAUCAGAUACGACUAUGGAAUCUUUGCCCAGAAAAUUGAAGAUGGUUGGCAGGUUGAGGAACCUGAUGAGUGGUUGAGAUAUGGAAAUCCAUGGGAGAAGUCGAGACCAGAGUACGUACUACCGGUCAACUUCUAUGGACGGACAGAGGACACUGGCUCAGGGGUCAAGUGGGUGGACACUCAGGUUGUGUUUGCGAUGCCCUUUGACAGUCCUAUACCGGGGUACGGCAACAACACGGUCAACACCAUGCGUCUGUGGUCAGCUAAAGCUCCCAACAGCUUCAAUCUACACUUCUUCAACAAUGGCGAGUAUAUCAAUGCUGUCUGUGACAGAAACCAGGCGGAAAACAUCUCCAGAGUUCUCUACCCCAAUGAUAACUUCUUUUCUGGCAAAGAGCUCCGCCUGAAGCAGGAGUACUUCCUGGUAGCAGCCACUCUCCAGGACAUCCUCAGAAGAUUCAAGUCGUCCAAGUUUGGUAGUCGGGAUCCGGUCCGCAGGUCCUUCGAGUCGUUUCCAGACAAGGACAAUGAGUCAAACGAUACUCUGUAUGGAUUUGCAGAGAAGGUGGCCAUUCAGCUGAAUGAUACCCACCCGUCCAUGGCUAUCCCCGAGUUACUGAGGAUCUUUGUGGACGUUGAGGGACUCCCAUGGGACAAGGCCUGGGGAAUCACGGUGAAGACAUUUGCCUACACAAACCACACGGUCCUCCCUGAGGCCUUGGAGAGGUGGCCGGUGUCCAUGCUCGAGAAGAUCCUUCCCCGCCACCUGCAGAUUAUCUACCUGAUCAACCACAACUUCCUCCAGGAAGUAGCAAAAAAAUAUCCAGGUGAUGCAGGCAGAAUGCGACGAAUGUCCAUUGUAGAGGAGGAUGGAGAGAAGAGGAUCAAUAUGGCGUAUCUCAGCAUCGUCGGCUCGCACGCUGUCAAUGGAGUGGCAGCCUUACACUCAGAAAUCAUCAAGAGCGAAACGUUCCGUGAGUUUUACGAGAUGUAUCCAGAGCGCUUCCAAAACAAAACAAACGGGAUCACGCCACGUCGUUGGUUGUUACUGUGCAAUCCUGGACUGUCAGACAUUAUCGCAGAGAAAAUCGGGGAGGAAUGGGUCACAGACUUGUACCAACUACAGAAUCUCAAAAAGUUUGCUGAUGAUGAGAACUUCCUGAGGAACAUCAUCAAAGUCAAACAGGAAAACAAAAUGAAGUUGGCCGAGUACAUCCAGGAGAACUACAACAUCAAGGUCAACACGUCCUCCAUCUUUGACAUCCAUGUCAAGCGGAUCCACGAGUACAAGAGACAGCUGCUCAACUGCUUCCACAUCAUCACGCUCUACAACCGCCUCAAGCGUGACCCAAACCAGGCCUUUGUUCCCAGGACUAUCAUGGUCGGAGGAAAGGCAGCUCCUGGCUAUCACAUGGCCAAACUGAUCAUCAAGCUGAUCAACAGUGUAGCCAAGGUCAUCAACAACGAUCCAAUCAUCGGGGACCGUCUCAAGGUGGUGUAUCUGGAGAACUACCGUGUCUCGCUGGCUGAGAAGAUCAUUCCGGCAGCUGACCUCAGCGAACAGAUCUCGACAGCAGGAACCGAGGCUUCUGGGACAGGAAACAUGAAGUUCAUGUUGAACGGGGCACUGACUAUCGGAACUCUGGACGGUGCUAAUGUAGAGAUGAGAGAGGAGAUGGGGGAUGAAAAUAUCUUUAUCUUUGGAAUGAAGGUUAAUGAAGUAGAGGAACUAAAGCGCAGUGGCUACAACCCCCGCCAUUAUUACGAGACAAACCCUGACCUGCGGUUGGUACUUGAUCAGCUGUACACGGGGUUCUUUUCGCCGGACAAGCCGGGGUUGUUCCGGGACCUGUACAACUCGGUCAUGGGGCCGGACAGGUUCUGCCUUCUAAAAGAUUAUGAAGAUUACAUCAAGUGCCAAGACAGCGUCAGUGAAGUAUUCAAGGAUCCUCUGCAAUGGGCCAAGAUGUGUGUCCUCAACAUUGCAUCGUCGGGUAAAUUUUCCAGCGACAGAACAAUUUCUGAAUAUGCAAGGGACAUCUGGGGAGUGGAACCCAAUGAUAUUAAGCUGCCGCCCCCACACGAGGGCCUAGACUCAAUGGAUAGCAAACCACCACAGAAGAAAUGAGAUCUCAGCUGAUAGCCACUAGAAACAAUAUAACUUUUAAACUUCUGUUGUUGCUUUGUUGUGGAAUUUAUUAACAUAGGUCUUAUAUUAAAGUUUAGCAAUAUUACAUGUAACUGGAUGAGGAAAAUUGCAGUAGAGAUUGACAUACUGGUGUUUUAGUUGAAGUGAAAUUGUUGUCAGGCCAUUGGACAAACUCAGCUCUGUGGUAGCAUCACAUUGUAAGCAUCAGCUUGUAAUUAAAAUUUCGCUGGUCUGUAGAGCAUUUGACUUGUCCUGGUCUAAGCAUUUUUAGUGCUUUUAUUGAUGUGUCGUUAUGUGUGUAAAUCAAACUAUGGUAUUAAACAGUUUCAUUCAAAAUCUAUAUAAAAUUUAAGAAAAUUUGUGUGAUAUUAUUGAAUUUCCAUCUUUGCAUGAUCAUAGGUUUUGAAGAUUAUAAAUUUCAGUUUAUCUUUAAAUUGAAAUCUAUUAGGCUAGUGUAUUUUUCACACUACCCCAUAAAAUGCACAUCAAUGGUAUUUUAUGCAUUAAAUCCAUAGCGUACAGUUUAGUGAAACAAUUGCUCCUUUAAUGAUUUUUCUCCAAGAAUUAAACAUUUCAUUAUAAAGAUAUGACUUUAAAGUCAUUAAGCUUGUAAAUAAUUGAGCAUGAUAUAAAUCAAAAACAUGUAUUCCAAGGUUAAAUACCUCAAAAUAAACACUAAAAAUUAGAUUUAAAAAAAAAAACGCACUUGUGUAGCUUAAUUUGUUUAAAACAUAUUAUAAAUAUCUAUUUUUGUGUUAUUUGAUAAAUACUUUUGUUUAUGACACUGUAUGUUAUCCAAAGCUUUAAUGUUUUCUUUAUUGAUUCGGCAAGCAGCAAAUACAAAAAAAUAUCUAAGAAAAUGGCCAGUCCCCUGAAACACAAGCUUCGUAGAUAUUUAUGGGAAUAGGAAAUAUAGUUUUUGUUGUAUUUAGUAACUAUUGUCAAAUAUUUGAUAUCUGCUUAUUUUUAUGUUCAUGAAAAAGUGUUUGUGGUGCUAAGCAUUCCUUUUCUUCGCAAAUCCAUGCUUUACUUCUUUUUUUCAGCAGUUCAGAUAGAAUUGUUUACAGUGUGUUUCUUUACACAUUGGCAUUGUUAAAGGGUAGGCACAGUGAUCAGGUCAUUUUUUUUUUAUAAAAGGUUUGAAUCUAAUACAGAGAACUGCAGUAAAUACCUAUUCUGUCCACAUUGUAUUCAUUCUCCUUGCAUGACUGUAAUAUUAUGUUUCUGGUAUUUUUCUUUUUCUUGAAUCUGUAUAUAUUAUUGGUUUUCCUUAAAAUGCUUUUUUUCUAGAUGGAAGUUUAUCAACCAUGUAUGACUGAUGCAUUUGUUUUAUCUUCCUUAAAUUCAAGUCUUAUAUUUAUAGCCUAUAUUUACAUAAACCUUUUGAUACCUCUCAGAAUUUAAGUCAGUGGAUUGAGUUUUAAGUCAAUAUCCACCUGUAAGUCCAGUCUUAAGUCAGUUUUAAGUUAUUAUCUACCUGUAGAUGCACCUUAAGUCAAUAUUUACCUGUAGAUCAAGUCUUUAAUCAACUUCACCUGUGUACAAGUUUUAGUCAAUGUCUACCUAUAGACAAUGCCUCUUAUUUUGUAAAGGUGUAAAGGCGAUUUAUCUGCAUGUACACAAAUACUGUAUGGCAUUAUAAAGUUUACUUUUUUAAUAAUCAAUGUAUGCAUCAUAAGUACUCUGUGUAUUUAUGAUAAAACAAAUCAACUUUAUAAACAACUUUCUUUGCUUUUAACUUUUUAUAUAUUUUGUUAUUUUUUUGUGUCUCUUUUUUAAAAGGAUUGUUGUACAAUUAGUCAUUUUGUCAUUCACAAUGAAAUAUUAUACAAUAUUUGAAAAAGCAUAAUAUAAGCAU